CUCCAAAACAUUUGCUGCCCUUCGGCUUUCAAAACCCUCGUCUGAAAGCAGUUCAUCGACUUUCAACUCUUUACACAAUCUUUGGCUUCCGAAAAGAUACUGUUGUUUACCACUCCAAGGAUCAUACAAGGCUGUGACCUCUUGAUAGCCUUUCAAGACAUUUGAAAGUCGUGCAGCAGCAUUACCAGCCUUCUUACUCAUUUCCAAGUGAAAGUCGAGCAUCAUGCGACCAGCACAACAACAGCCUUUGCCUGCCGGUUACGUCGAAGCCUCGAGCUUUAUCGAAGGGUCCUCAACGCAAUCGAUCCUGUCGAGCAGAGAAGAGGCUCCAAUGGCUUCCGCGGCUCGAGUCUCCACCACCUCCAAUCCAGCUACCGGGCCCACCACCAGCGUAGCGGAAUCCAGUAAAGCGACCGUGUCAAGAGAUGGCAUUCGAGGAGGAAAGAGAUGGGAUAAUCAACCGAAGGUGUAUCGAGAGCUGCCUUCGUUUCCAAAAUUCGACCAGCCGAUUCCAAAUGACGCGUCGAUUGAAGAGAUUUGCAUCAGAUACCCGAACCACAUUCGAGGAACAUAUCUUGCCGCCUUUGUUCAAUGGCAUUGGACUUCGCACGACAUCUACAAUCGUCUGACAGACGUUGCAAAGCAAGAGUUCAUCGACAACGGUAUUGCAACAUGCAAAUCCAAGAACAAUCGAACAAACUUUAUCUCCAAGCGGCUCGAAGCAUACCUGAAAGCUCACACUGAUGAUGAGAUCGCAGAACUGUGCACUCAGCCGAAGCUUCGUCCUUGCUUGAUGAACGGUGGUGAGAAGAAGGGAAAAAGCAAACUGAUGGGCAAGUUCAACAACCCAAACGCCCAGCCCGUCCGCCAUAUUGAAUACACGCCUCGGUCAGGAGCCAAUAAGCGAAAAGCAGCCGAGGACCUCCCUCAAAAGCCCGAGGCAAAGAAGCCAAAGGCGGAGGCAAGAUCCGACACAUUGUGGGAGUCCAUGGAGGUAUUCGAAGAAUACAAGUACGCCAUGGCUGGGUAUUGGAGAAAACAGGUCUCAGCAGCGCAGACGAUUGUCAAUGCAGAUGUUGUUCAUGCCAAUGCCGAUGUUCGACAACGUGUCCAGCAGGUACUCCAAAUGCUUCGAUAUCCGGUCAAUAGCAUGACUGAGACCUUCCUGACGUUCGAACGCAUCGAGGAUUGCGCUGCAUUCGCCGCAUUCAUUGACAACAAAGUAAGAGCCGUGUUUGAUGAUCUUCGGGCACGCGAGACUGGUGCAGCUUCGUUGGAGGUGCGAAACAAGGCUGUCGACGCAAUCUUGCAAGAGCAGGGGAUCAUUGCGACCAGCUUGCAGAAGCUUGUUCCACUUGCUGCCUCGGCCUUUGAGAGCGGCCAGUUGAAGUUCGGUCUCGUACGGCAGGCAAUCCAAGCUGUCACAAACGCCUUUGCAGAACGCACCGGGAAGCCCGGCAACGCCGCUCAAAGCUUCAAUGCCUUGCAUGAAGCGCACGACGGGAGUGGUACUUUGAGUCUCACCGCUCAUGAUGGCCAGAGGCCCAAGCGAGUCCGGGAAGAGACACCAGCUGAAGAAGCCUCCAACAAACGCGCGAAGACGGCACUGACUCCGGGGUUCAGCUUGGCCGGAAAGAGUAUGCAGCAAGUUUUCGGAGCCGAGCCAGGACCACAGGUGUUCAACACACAGCAAGCCUUCGAACCCGUUGGGAUUAGCAACAGACUUGAAGACGCUCCUGGUCUCGGCAGGGACUUCGACCUGGUCUUUGAGGAAAUAUACGGCGGCUCCACGGCUCCGUCAGCUCCCAGUCAUCAGCAUGGCCAGCCCACAGAAGAAGUCGCCGUCCCAAGUAUGUCCUCCCUGCAGCAAACGCAAAACAUGGUUCCGACACUUGGUAUGGCUGUUGCUGAAGGGACCAGUCGAACCGAAGUAGACCCAUCGUCUCAAGCGAGGACCGAAGAUGAAAUUCUGCAGGAGUACAUUGACAUGCUUCCAAGUCUUCCUCCGACCCCUGAAAUUCUGUACGAUCAGACGGAUUUUUACAUCGUGCCGCAGCAGAACCAGGUGGCAACAGACACCGCAUAUCUUCCACAGCAUGUUGAUAUGUUGGCACAGACUGGUGAAUAUUUCUUGCAAGGUGCUCAUUUGACUCCCUGGACAGAUCUUCCUGGUGGUGACGAGACUCUUGCGCAGACUUCUGAUCUUUCGAUGCAGUAUCCUGAACUUUUCGCAGUGCAAGAUCCUCCUCAACCGGAGGUUCCGCACGAUGGUAUGGGUAUGUUCGACGCAGCCAUUGAGGAUCUUGCCCCGUCAUCCGACCCAAUGAACGUCAAUCAGGAUUGGAACUUUGGGUCUGAGGAUCUAACUGCAAGUGAGCUGCGACAGAUGCAGGACGACCCAGCAUUCUGGGAUGGCAUGUUCAACAACGCGUGAAGACUUUUCAACUGGUUGAUCGGCUGUUCAGGGCAAGGUGAUUGUUGGAGGGGUGAGGUUGAUGGUGAU